UGCUAAGUGCUCGCUGUAACAGUGUACUUUGUGUUUCUUGUAUGAUGUUAGUUCAAUUUUUAAUUAUUACUAAUUAUUCCUCAUUCAAAGAGGAGUAAAUUUCCAAAGUAAUGAAUCAAAAAUAUAGAAUACAUCUAUAUUAGGCCAAACAUUUACCAGUAUUAUGAACAUUGAUUGUGAUUUCAUGUCACCCAAAUUAAGAGAAAUGCAGUGGCAGAGAAUGAUGCCGGGGUUCACUGCCCCACGAUGAGUGAGCUGCAAGCCACUGUCGAGUUCUCUGUUGAGCUCUACAAGUUUUACAACGUUGACCUUUUUCAAAGAGGAUUCUAUCAAGUCCGAGUAGCGUUACGCGUAUCUCCCAAGCUACCGGUGAAAAUUGAAGUCACCUUACCUAGGAAUCAGAGAACUGAUUUAGUUUUCCCAGCAUGCGUUGUGAAUGGUUCAGGAGUUAGCAAGACUUUUCAAAUACUCUAUCGAAAUGAAGAAGUCUGUCUCGACGAUGCUAUUAUGUUCAGGGCGCAUCUACUCGUCGACAGCCAUAAGAUCGAAGAAGCCCUGGAACGCGCCGACUUUGCGCUGUCGGUCGAGCUGUGGUUCACGGAUCAGACAUUCGGCUGCGCGGACCCGUCGCUGGCGGGCGGCGGUGGAGGUGGCGGCAUUGGGGCCGGGGGUGGUGGAGGGGGUGGCCCUCCCGCCCCCACCAUCGCCUGUGUCAGCAGCCGUCUCCUGCAGUUGUGUGGCUUCUCGGCGACCCGCGGCCUCCACUACCAUCUGCCCGUGCUGUUCGACUACUUCCAUUUGGCUGCCGUCACACUAACCGUGCACGCCAGUCUGGUCGCCCUGCAUCAGCCCUACAUCAAGAAAAGCAUAUUGCAUCUUGUUCAAAGCUGUACACCAAGAAGUGGUAAAACAUGGUUGGGAAACUCUCAAAGGCUAAACUUCCGUCAAUCACAGUCUACCAUGGAAACUGUCUUCUUCGGAAAUUUGUCGGGAAGCACAAGCAGCACCAAAUGCGUGAGUUCGUCGGGAGGCAGCGGACAACGUCUGGCGCAUGCGCGUCAUGUGCAUCGCGAAGUGUGCAGUCUGCUUCUGUCGGCCUACGAGACACUGCAGGCCACUCUGCACGAGUACACACGGUUACUGCCCCCGGCCUCCGCCUCCGCUGCCGCCUCCACCGCCCCCUGGAACCACCCCUUGGGGGGCGGCGCCAACGGCACCAAACCUGACUGCUUCCAGCGGCUCACUGAUCUCAGUGAUCUUGCUAAAGAUGGCCAUCGAAAUCUGUUGAACGCUUUGAGUCAGCGGACAGCGAAACUUCGUUCAGAAGGACAUUGGGACAGACUUAGGAUGGUGGAAGUGGAGGAAGAAUUUGUUGCAUUGGCCAACAGUGAUAUUGCUCAGUUAUGUGCGGAGAAUAUUCUUCUCUGGCAGCGAUUUCUUGAAGCCUUCUCCUGCAAGGAUCCCGUUCACCAGCAUUUGGCAAGACACCAUCAUCAUCUAAGGGUAAAACGGUUUGCUGAGGCGUUUUUUGUGCUGGACAAUCCUCGACAAUCAGCGGCUGGCUGUUACGACCAGAACUAUCAGAACUACCUUCAGGUGACAGAGAUGGCGCGCCGCUCACGCUACCUGGCCGCACUUCCGCCGCUGCCCGUGCACUGCGCCGACCUGGACGGCGACCUGCACUCGCUGCCCGUCAUCUUCGAGGACCAGUACCAGGAGGUGGCCGAGUUUGCGCGCCGACGCUCGGUCGCCGGUCGCAAGGCUGGUAGUGAUCCGUUCCUAAAUACAUGCGGAGUGAGCGAAUCCAGCAAGGUGACCGUUGAAGGGCAGGAAGAUUGCAGCUGUGGAAUAGCCGCCAUUUUGGAAUCCAGAACACAGCGUCAAAUUAACCAAAGCAAACUGUCGUCGGGCGUCACCUCAUUGUCUUUCGUGAACGGUGAGAAAGUGCUGAGACCGGGAGGCAUUCUGGAGGCGUCUGUGAUAUUGGCGCCACAGGCGAGACACAGCAAAUCAUUGGACCAAUUACUUCGUGCUCAGCCAUCUGACACCCUCCAUCCCCAUCCCCACAAUCCACUGCCCAUUUGUCUAACUCAACCUCUCAAAAGAGAUUCAGGCCAAACUCACUCGAUAGUCGACUCGUCCACACUGCCAACACGCGGCCCCAAAAAGCAGGCGCCCAGCAAUGCGCUCUACCAGGGCGGCGCAGUCCUAGACAAAAAGGCGGCCGACUUUUUCACACUGCCACUGCCGCACUCACACACGCAUGCGCACAAACCAAACGGUCAGCUGACCAACAAACCCCCUCCACACCACAACCAUCAUCACCAGAAACGAACCAAAGACCAACAUUCCAACAAUCAUCACUAUCAAGCCCACACGCUGCCAAGCAACAGGCGCGGCGACAUUGCUACGACGAAAAAAGUGUCGCCGCGUGACGUCAGUCUGUCGUUCUCGUCGCCCGACUACAAGCGGAACGGAUCGGUGGCGAAGGAGGACGAUGUGCCUAACAAACGUGGUGCGAGGAGUGUCGCUGACAAGAAUUGUGUCAAAUCCAAGUCGACAACAAAAGACGGCGGCGACAAGCGAGCGGGCGUUCACAAGCGCAACGGGGUGACUGCGGCCGCAGGGGGUACGGCGGGGGUCGACCUGCUGAACGGCAGCGGCAGUCAUCAGUCGCCGUCGACCACCGACUCAUCAUCCUCCUCUAACGGCGAAUCGUCGCCGUUCGCUGCGUCGGCCGUCGUCCGUAACAGCGCCAGUUGUCCGCACAAGUUGAGCAACAUGUCCGGCAACAAGUUGAGCAACAUUUCUGGAAACAAGUUGCUCAACUGUUGUCCACCUCCGCCGCCCCCCGCUACCAUUCGUCACUCGUCCAGCACAGCAUCAAUGCCAACCAACGCGCAUGCGCAGAAACCGCUGUCCGAGUCGCCGCAGUGCGCUGUUGCUAACUGCAGCAGCGAGUCGAUGCCCAACCUGGCAACAGUGGCUGGCGCCUUUCCCCUCCCCCCACCACCUGACCUACCAAGAGUGACGUCAUCACGCUCGCCUGCACAUGCGCACUCAGUGACGUCACGUUCUCCUGCACAUGCGCACUCAGUGACGUCAUCUACACAUGCUCACGCGGUGACGUCAUCAGCGCAUGCGCACUCGUCGUCGGAAAGCGAUAUCACCAGUGAGCAGAGUGGAUGGGUGUCCAGUCAUCGUUCAUCGGAUGCGGCAUCGUCCAGUGGUCAAGUCAGUCUCACAGGCAGCGAACUGGGCACCCAGCUGCGAGCCCGCCUGGAGGCGUUGGUGAAUGCGGGUGAUGUGCCCGUUGUGGAGUCUUCUGCCACUCCCACCCCCACGCCACCCCCACCCCUGGAGACAGAGCAGCCCGCUGAUCAAGAGGAGGACGAGGAGGAGCCAACUGAGAUGGAGGGUGACGAAGAGGAUCAGCAACACCAGUAUGAGGAGGUCCGGCUACCGCCUCCGCGCCAAUUCUGGGACACACCGCCUCCGCCGGAGCCGUUCCGCGACCCGCUUCCUCCUCCGCUGCCGCCACCUCCGCUGCAGCCGCCGCUGCCCGUCGACAACCUGCUCUACCACAUGUACGAAACGGUGAAGGACGAGGUGAUUAGGGAGAAAGGCCGACGGCUGACGCACAACACCGUCGAAAGGGACGUCGAACGCCGUCGUCAGGCCAAGAUCAAGCGACAGCAGCUUAUUUCGGCGGCAGCUGCUGCUGAGAACUCUGCCGCUCAGGCUAACAACAGCUACCUUGAUGCGAUGGAGGGGAAUGGAGUAACAUCAGGAGCAGGGGACCAGGAAGAGUCAUGUGACUGCUAUCAGGAGGACAAGCUGUGCCAGCCGAGGCUCAUCACGCCCCUGGUAGACGACUCUGCCACGUUCCAAAAGUCUAAGGACGAGUUCAAACGACAGAUGAACUUUACCGGCAUGAUUUACAGCGAUUUUCCGACGCUGGCGUCAACCCUGCCCUACUUCCACAUCAGUGACGAGCACCGCAUGUUCUCGCCCGAGGGCGUGCAUCUGAUCGUAUGCGUGCACGGCCUAGACGGCAACGCGACCGACCUGCGUCUCAUCAAGACCUACCUGGAGCUGGGUCUGCCCGGCGCUAACCUCGAGUUCCUCAUGUCCGAGCGCAACCAGGGUGACACCUUCAGUGAUUUCGACACCAUGACUGAUCGACUUGUCGGCGAGAUACUGUACCACGUCGACGCCUGCGGACUCAAUCCGGCCAAAAUCAGUUUUGUCGGCCAUUCGCUCGGGAAUAUCAUUAUCAGAGCGGCAAUCACCCGGCCGCAAAUGAAGCACCUGCUGCCGCGUCUGCACACAUUCCUGUCGCUGAGCGGCCCCCACCUGGGCACCCUCUACAACAACAGUGGCCUAGUCAACAUGGGCAUGUGGUUCAUGCAGAAGUGGAAGAAGUCCAGUUCGCUGUUGCAAUUGGCACUGCGUGACGCAACUGAUGUGCGUCAGACGUUUCUCUAUCGGCUGAGUCAGCGCUGUCAUCUCAGCCACUUCAGGCAUCUGCUGCUCUGUGGUUCCAGUCAGGACCGCUAUGUGCCGCUGCAUUCUGCGCGCAUCGAACUGUGCAAGGCUGCUGUCAAAGACGCCACCGGAUUGGGUUCGGCUUACCGCGAAAUGGUGCAGAACAUUCUGUACCCGAUCAUGAGCAAGCCUGAGGUGACGCUGGUACGGUACGACGUGCACCACGCACUCCCCAAUACGGCCAACUCGCUCAUCGGCCGUGCGGCGCAUAUUGCCGUUCUAGACAGCGAACUGUUCAUCGAAAAGUUUCUAGUCGUCACCGGCCUCAAGUAUUUCCGAUAGACAUGCAAAGAGCCCGCGUAAUAGAGCACUAGAGAUACAGUUGGCCGUAAACGCACAUACAGAAUGUCACGCGAAUGGUGUAACAGCCGAAGACCAUGGAUUUUACGUGAAAUUUGCAACAAAAAAGGUCCAGUAAAAUUUUCUUGUAUCGACCUCAUUUUUCAAGAUAUAUCGAUUAGAUACAGAGUGUAAGGUGUAACAGCCGUAGACCAUGGAUUCUACAUGAAAUUUGCAACAAAAAAGGUUCAGUAAAGUUUUAUUAUAACGACCUUUGUUUUCGAGAUGUAUAGAUUUUUCGAUAUUUUUGAAAUGGGCUUACUUUCAGACAUUAGAACGACAAUAACUAGAAAACUAUCAGUCAAAAUGUAAUUCCAAGGAUAUGGUUGGAAAGGAAAGGGGAUGUAAUCUCCAAUAAUAAUUAUUUAAUUUGGCCCCUUAUUUGACGUUUUUGAACUUUUUAUGAGCGUUUAAACUGUUUGAAAUUUGGCUUUGAACUCGACGAAUGCACUUUUUUCAACUUUGAACGCUCAUAUUGAGUUCAAAAACGCUUAAGAAACGAACAAAUUAUAUGAAUCAUAUUAGAAAUUUCUUCCUCUUUCCAACCAUAUCCUUAGAAUUAGAUUUUGACUUCGUCGAGUUCAAAGCCAAAUUUCAAGCAGCUCUUUAUUUUUUUCAGGGUAACAAUAUUUCAAUUAUGGAAAAAUAUUUUAUAAGGCUUCGAAUAAGUAUAAACGUGUUAGAAAUAUUGACGUUUUAAUCAGGUUUAGUAGGCCAAUUUAAAAAAUCGAUAGUCCUCGAAAACUAAGGUCGAUAUAAGAAAAUUGUUGUUGCAAAAAAUGUAAGACAUUCUUGUUGCAAAUUUCAUGUACAAAUCAUGGACUUCGGCUUCUAGAACUUUCUUGGGACACCGUUUCUAUCAGCUGGUGGUUUAUAGUGGAUGCGACCUAGAUUAGGUAGGUAGGUAGGUACUUCUUGUAAUCCUAGAUUAACGAUAUGGCCCUUGGAGUGGUAUACUAUCUAAAACUAUACGUCAAUUAUUUCAUGAGCGUCCUGCGUGUCAAACUACAGAAAAUAUAGCACAAGUAUUCGAUAAAUACAGUCCUAAGAUUUCUCUAUCUUAUUACCGGUACCCACGUAAUACGUACUACUCCUAAUCUUGUGUGGGUAGCAACCUUAAAAAAACUCUUAUUUUAUGUUAACGCGGGAAUAUUUAAUAUUUAAACUUUGAUCAUUUAUUUUAGAUACCGUACUCAAUUUUUAUUAUUAUAUUGGAUAUCAGUUACCCUGAUACCUUAGUAGAUUUCUAUCACUAUAUUGGUAUUUCAUUUGGGUACAAAAGUAUAGGCCUAACCUGAUCCAUUAAUUAGCGGUUAAUCUCACUUUAAAGUUUAAUAGACAUAUGUGGAAUCGGGCCACCGUUUGUUUAUUUUUUUGUUAAUCUUAAGAUUAUUUUUUAAAUGCGGAUGAUGCCCACAUGAGAUUUUCUCAUGUGCGUGGGUAAUGAGAAGUGUGUGGGUGAUUUUAUGAGAUGAUCAAACGUCCAUGCUUAUCGGCGGGAUUCGAACCUACGAACAGGUAGCGCUAGCUGAAGAGUGUAACGCCUUAUAGUCGUCUCAGAUAUCCUAGUGUGGCUACUUUUGUUGGAUUGUGAAUCCCUAAUCAACAUUUUAGUAAUGUACAUUUUUGCUAAUAAGCAAUUUAUCUCAGUUACUAGCUGAUAUAUUUCUAUUCAAUAAUAUUAAGUUUGAUAUAAUGAAAGUUCCGCUUAGAAAAAAGUACCCAAAUAUGGUGAAUGCAUUUGGGGGCAUCGAUUGUGUCCAAUUUGCAGGCCUCCUUAAGCUGGGAUUUCGUUUGUGAGUAAAUGCCGUCGUCGACCACGACAGGGCGAGGAUCUCAGAUUGGGUAGAUUUCAAUUUGUCUAAAUAACCUAAAAUAUUGUGUGCUCUGAACAAAGCUCAGGCUAGAGCUACCAGAGGACUGUAAUUUACUAUUCAAAUAAUCAAAUACAAACAAGGGGCAAAAUUUAAUCUUCAAUUUGAGCCAGGUUAUUGUACAGUUAAACUCUGCAUUAAUAAACAAUAAAAAGGAGCAAAAACUCACCAGAUUGAAUCCAAUCUUGUCUACUUGCCCUUCGAAGCCUUUAUUAGGUGUUUUGAUCAGGUUCAGGGUGGGAUGAAAUCUGGGAAUAAGACAGGUUCUGGCUUCUGGGCUGUCUUUUCGCGUUGAUUCUGUGUUCAACUUGCAGGUCAUACACUGUGUUUCGAACAAAGCUCAAACUGGAUUCAUUAUAAAUUCAAAUCUGAUUCAAAUUAAUUCAAUUCAACACUAUUUACGCUGUUAUAUUCAUAAUUCACACACACUACACUCAAACAAUUAUUUACAAGAAAUUUCCGAUCGAAAUUACAUGACAAAAUACAAAUUCGGUCUUGCACAACAACGGGGUGACUAGACAAGAUAGACUGGGGCUUUUAACAUUGACAAGGCCAAAACAGCUGGACGGUCUGCGCUGGCGCACACAAGCCUGCUAUUGGCAGAACUGCAGUCUGGCAUUUUGGCGCUACAGUUCGAAUUCUCUGGCCAGACCAUUGUGUUUAAUUAUGUUUUAAUGGGGGUGGUUGAGUUUAUAAUUUUAAAUGGUAAAUGUUUAUAUUAUUAAUGUUUGAUUCUUGAAUAAUAAACAGGAAUAAACAAAAGUUAUUUAUUUGAUCAGCUGUUUUAGCACACUUGAAAUUUAGACAAUUUGAAUGUCAACAAUGCUUGUCGCGUCGACUGCGGAAAUUUACGCACAAACGAAAAUGCACCUUUAUUAGAAGAAAUAUGAUAUUAAUUUUAUUAAUAUAGAAUUUUUCAUACUGGGAAAUCUCACAUUUUAAUAGGCUACCGUACAGGAAAUAACUACAGUACACAAUUGCCAACCCAGUCUGCUACGGUAAAAAUCAUAAUUUGAAUGAAUAACUAAUUAAUCGAAUUUAGGGACAGUACACCCUGGCUCGGAUUAUAUAGCCAGUAUAAUAAGUAUUAUUGAAUGCAUUUUAAUUAUAGAUGGUUUAUAUUGAUGAUUUUCUAUUGGCUCAGUGAUCACGAAUAUUAUUCCUUGAAUGACUUUUAAGCUAAGCCAACUCUGUAUGUGUCUAGUGCUUUGUUAUCAACUCUUUGCUCAACUCUAGUCCAGUCGGCUGGCUGUGGAACCUUUUGUCAAGCUAUGAGAAUUGGUAGUAGUGGAUCAAGAAUUAUUUUAAAUUGAAAACUGAUCUCAUCCAUGUUAUGUAACAUAUUUCGUGCCAGUUUCAACAUUUAAAUUAUUGGGUUAAAGAAAGGAGACGGGGCCGCGCUACCUGUACACUGGGAUAUUGUUCCAAAAAGGUUCAUCCUCCAACUCUCGACUAUCACACUCUAUUGUCCUCUCAAUCCGCUUCAUUACCCUUAUUAGUGGCCGGAGUGGCCUCGUCUGCUUUCUUGAAGGCAGUUUCAGCUGGUAGGGACUCAACUAUUACUUUCCACCUUACCUGUUACUUGUAUUCUCACUUUAUUAUUGAAUCUAGAUCAGUAUUCAAGUACUUGUUAUUCAAUUAUUUUUAAUGGUUCAUUUUGAUGAAACUCAACUUGCUCACAAGCUGUAUACAGACUAACUUGAGUUACAUACAAUUCGUGGUUACACACCACGUGCGCUAUUCAUCAGCUGAUGAUAUGCGUAUUAUAUUAUUUAUUUGUAUGAAUAUACUUAUCAAAUAAUUCAAUAUAAUGUAUAGUAUGAUAAUUAUAGCAUCAGCUUAUGGAAAGCGUACGGCGUGUGUUCGUGGCACAAGUCUUCUUAAAAAAUCUUUAUAAAAAAUAAUACGUUCUUAGUUUGACUAAAUUUGUACUUAUAAUCGAGAGUAAUGUGUGUGUUUUUCCAAUCAAUGUAGGCUACCACUGGUUUACAGCUGAAAAUGCCUUUAAGUAAUCAGACUGGGCCACCAAUUUAUUCCUCGGAGUGGAAUCCUUAACAAUAGACCACGAAAAUGUCGAAACUCAUUAACAAUAGGCGACCACUAAAGGGUCAUUAGAACUUCUACCUGUUCAUCCAUUGCUUUCGGCGGCCCCGUCUCCUUUCUUUUACCCAAAUUAUUAUCUAAGUAGUGGAACAUUUUGUAAUUCGAAAAACAACUUCAUCUGUCAUGUUUGCUUCAUUGUUAGACAAAGAGGAAACUAAUCGAGUAUUCCGCACUGUUUUAUUUAUCUAGUUUCAACUAUCUCUCUUGAUUUUCUGUCUCCGUCAGUUACACAGCUUGUCUGAGUUUUCCCUCUUUGUCUAACAAUGAAGCAAACAAGACAGAUAAAGUUAUUUUUCGAAUUACAAAAUUUUCAUUAUUGAGAUAAUAAUUUAUUUGUUGAAACUGGCAUAAAAUAUGUUAUAGUUAUUUCUGUUAAAAUCAUGAGUCAUGGUUAGUUGAACAAAACAGGUUAACUGAAUAAAAAGUACUUGAUAUUGUCCAACAACAGAUUUAUUAAAUUUCGGUUGUUACACCAUUAUUAAUCUCGGUUAUCUGAGUUUCGAGACGACUGCAUCUCACUUUUAAUAAAUCUGUGCUAAUGUCUAGUCUUCUUAUUCACUAUGAUUAACUACAACAAUAUCUUCACAACUUAUCUACUGUGUGUUGUUAAAAUUGGAAUUAUUGGAAUAGGAAUAAAUUGGAAGACAAGCAGUUUUGGGUUUGAGCCUGUUUAUCAUUUCCGCAAGUUAAAGAGUACUAUAGAGUUAUAUAUUAUUUAUUGUAAUAAAUGAAUAGAUCAUCAGAAAAAGAUAGGUUAAUCUGACCACUGCCCAACCAAAUACACCAGUUAACUUUUUUGGUCUGGUCAAAUUAAACUCAAUAAUGUUAAUUGUAUUUUUUCUUUAGGGCUAAUUUUAGUAUAAAUAUUAAUAUAAAUCUCAUUCCCCUUUCGAAUUAUUUUGUCACAACAUAUUUUGGACAAAAUAAUUUAAAAGGGAAUAAAGAUUUAUAUUUUUAUUCAUGUUGAUUAAUUUACGGUUUGGUACUGUGUUUUUGAGCCUUAAAUCUAAAACAAACUAAGUUUCUAGUAACUGGUUUCCCAGUACGAUGUAACCUGCCUUCACACAGUUUGUUAGACCUUACAUUUCUCGUAAUUAAAAAAAUAAUAACUUUACAAGUGGAAAUAUUUCAACUCAUAGAAUAAUCGAUUAAUGGUGGACGCUAUCAUUACAUAACUGUGUUUAUAUUUUAUAUAAAUUGUGUUUGAUGAUAAUAAUUUAUGAAGGCGAAACGAUACUUGUUUUCUUCCUUUUAUGUUUUUCAAUAUUGAGAGUUUCAUGUAAUUCAAUUUUAUCGUAUAAAAUUGUGUUCAAUUAAUCAAUACAAACAAGAAUGGAUUCAAAUUCAAUCUCAGAUAAGCUAUCACUUCUUUGUUGAAUGCUUCGAUUCUCUUUUCAUCUGGAAGUUUUCUGUAAUAACCCAAAAAUAUAGAUUUACAAAGCCAUUAUGGAAAAAGUGAAAAUUUAAUAUUAUUUCCGCAGCCGAUCUCAUAGCUAAAUGCUCAAUACUAUAACAAAUUCGCUGAUGACAAAGGUUUUCGCAGCAGACGCAUUUACCAAUUAGUAGUCUAUAAUGAGCAACAAAAGUAAUAAUUAUUUUAAAGUCUAUUAUAUCUAUAUAUGAUUAUAUUAUAAUGUAUUUAAACAACUAGUCUACGAACGACGUUAUUUGUCGUUUUAAUUUUAUUUUUAUACCCAAAUUUUUUACUGUGUACCACUCGUUGCAUUCUGUACUGAAGGAGAGAGAGGGAGAUAAAUGCAGCGAGUGAGAAGAUACCUGUCGUCCAUAAACGUCAUCAAAAAAAUUAAACACAUCAACUAUUAGGAAAAUACUCACAAAGUUUAUUAAAUAAAAUAUAUAUUAUUUAAGACAAAAUUAUUUGAGAGUGAAUGGAAGGGAGAACUUUGUUUGUAUGUUAAUUAGAUUGUAAACCACUAUUGUGACCAUUUCAAUUAGAGUAAUAAAUUGAUUAUUAUUGUGAGAAGUAAUCGAUCUAGAUGUUAUUAUAAUGCUCAAUUUAUGUAAAAGUAAAUUAUUAUUCAAAGACACCAUUCAGGAUUAGCAGAGAGAGUGUGUGAGUGUAUGUAAAUUAUUUUAUCAUUCAGAGUCUAUCUUCUGUUUUAUCCUCCCAAAAGUGUUCAUAUUAAAUAAAUAUAUUCCUUCUGAA